CGAGAAGUUUACCUUUGACCUGUUGGUUCGCAUAGAAGACGCUAGCGCUUGGAGGAUUUUGUGAAGGUUUAAAACAACACUGGAAGCAGAAAUGGACUCGUCGCCUGAGGAACCUCCUGCCAGACGUUCAGGGAGAAAGAGAAGCAGGCGAGAGAAGUGGACAAAAGAUAAGGACAUUUUAUUGGAGGAAACAUAUGAAAGAUCAAACUCUACUCCGUGGAAGGAGAAAGCCUCAUCACAUGUACAGGCGCAUACACAACAGAUGGAAGGCAAUUCUGCAAAGCAUAGUAAGAGAGCACCCUUCGUAUGUGAAGAAUGUGGAUACAAGGCAACUUAUAGAUCUGGAUUUCUGCAACAUAUGAGAAGGCAUACAGGUGAAAAGCCGCACAUGUGUGAUCAAUGUGACUUCACUACCGCUUGGAAAAACCAUCUAAAACGACACAUGGUCACACACACUGGUGAGAAGCGCUUCAUGUGUGGGAUUUGUGGGCACAGAACACCUGAUAAGGCAAACAUUGUUAGACAUAUAAGGAGGCACACUGGAGAAAAACCUUUCAAGUGUGACCUGUGUGAUUAUUCAAGUGCAGAUAAGGGGAAUUUAGACAGACAUAUUCUUAAACACACCGGUGAAAAACCUUACAUGUGUGGGGAGUGUGGGUUCAGGACAACAUACAAGUCUGAGUUAACUAUACACAUGAGAAAACAUACUGGUGAGAGGCCGUACAAAUGUGACAAAUGUGACUAUUCUGCUGCCCAAAAACGACACUUAGACAUUCACUCCUUCAAACACACUGGUGGGAAACCCUUCAAAUGUGAUCAAUGCGACCAUUCUGCUGUACGGAGAAGCGACUUAGACAAACACAUGCUUGUGCACACCGGUGAGAAACCAUACAUGUGUGGGGAGUGUUAUUUCAGGACAGCCAACAAGUCUAACCUAGCUGUGCACAUGAAGCAGCACACAGGGGAAAAACCCUUUAUCUGUGGAGUGUGUGGGUAUAGAGCAGCUCAAAGCACCAAGUUAUCCAGACAUAUGAAAAAACAUACAGGUGAGAAACCCUUCCAAUGUGACCAGUGUGGCUAUUCUACUACACGGAAAAACAUUUUAGACCGACAUAGGAUGAAGCACACUGCCGAGCAGGCCUACAUAUGCGGGGAAUGUGGUUUCAGGGCAACCCAAAAAGACCAACUACUCCUGCAUGUGAGAAUGCAUGUUGUGGAAAAAACUUGUGAAGCUGACCCGUGUGACUUAUCUUCUUCACAGCAACGCAUUUCAGACCAACACAAAGUGACGGACACUGUUGAACAAACACAUAUUUGUGGACAGUGUGGAUUCAAGGCAACUCAAAAGGACUUCCUACUUCUGCAUAUGAGAAUGCAUAUUGAGGAAAGAACGUACAAUUGUGACAAGUGUGACUUUUCCACCACACAGAAAUGCUUUUCAGACCACCACAAGGCUGAAGACAUUGGUCAGGAAACCCACGUAUGUGGGGAGUGUGGAUUUAAGGCAACCCAAAAGGAGCACCUGUUCUUGCAUCUGAAAAUGCACAUAGUCCAAUAAAGUUACAAAUACGUCCCCUGCAAAGUUUCUAAACCAUGAGAUGGAUAAACUUUUGUAAAACUUGCCUGGAGUUAUUACCUUUGCCAAUAAGUUGUCUGUAGCAUCUCUAUGUAUGUUUGUAUGUAUAUGUGGGUGAGCAACAUGAUUUAAAAAGGUACAGAUGGAUUGCCAUGAAAUUUGUUGAGGUAAUGUGCUAUUGAAGAAAUUAUUCGAUUUUUGGACCCCUGGUGGUAUUGUUGCAGAAUGUCUUUUUCAUAUCUCUUGUUCUGGACAAACUAUUGUCACAAUUUGCAAAUUGUAAAUAGCUGUUGUGGUAUUGUAGCAGAAUGUCUUUUUAAUAUCUCUUGUUCUAGACAAACUAUUGUCACGAUUUGUAAAUUGUAGAUAGCCGCUGUACUUGGAGAAGAGUAGCAAAUGUUUAGGUCCUAUAGCAGCUUCCUUUCGAACUAUAGGGACAUUUUAGUCAAGAAGGAAUGCAUGCAUACUCAUGAUUUUGUGUUAUGGUGAUGGCAUGUAAAUAAUUGAUAUUGAAAAUUUAAGUUUUGAAUUAUGCUAAAUGCUGAUGAGGGUUCAUAAAAGAGCCCACUUCUAUUCUUCCUUAAAUAAAAUAAAACAUUUUACCACCCCUCCCAUUUUACAAAAUCUUCACCAUUAGAUUAAUAUGUGACUGUCCACCAAAUAGCAACUGGAUAUGAUUUUGUCAAGAAAUAAAUUGUAAUAACGGUGUGAAUAGUCUAUCGUAAUCACGUUCCAAAUAAGACCAAUUGUCUUUAAGUUUUAAAGUGUAUGAUAAGGCGAGACAUGUUAUUGUGCCAUAGUGUAAAUAGUCGAUUGUUUUUUAUGUUCCAAUUAAGACAAAAGUUGUCUUAAAGUUUUAAAGUGUAUGAUAAGUUGAGACAUGUUAUUGUGCCACACUUGUACCGUAUACGCAAUUCAGUCUUUGGCUGCGAGGUAUGUCGUUUUUCAAUAAACCAUUCAUCAAAUUAAAAUUAAAUUAUUAAUAUGUGAUGAAUA